AUAUAAUAGUCAAAGCCUCAAAGGGUACGCAAUUUAUAGGAUUUUCCUUAUUUGUAAGCAUAAAACUAUAAUAACUAAACCUCUCCUCUCGAGAAACAAAAACUAAACCUCUGAAGCCUCCUCCUCCUUGUCAAAGUAGAACUCUCAAGUGUAUGUCCUCAUACAACUCUAUCUCUCUACUAAUCCUACCAUAGAAUUGAAGUCUCCCCUGCACCAAUGCAUAUAUAAAUACUUGGUAUUACUUCGUCUUAUCCUUUGAUCGGCAUUCACAAGAACGCAACAAACAAUUGGUUCUACUGUAGUUGGAGAAGAAAGAAUUCAUCAGGUGAGGGUAACCAAAAUGGGGAAAUUUGCACGACCCUUUAUCACAGCCUUUCUUGUGCUGGUUUUGUGCUUCCUGGCAGCCAUGGCAGAAGCUGAAUACCUCAAGUACAGGGACCCUAAGCAGCCACUGGGUGUUAGGAUCAAAGAUUUGAUGAAAAGGAUGAACCUUGCGGAGAAAAUCGGGCAGAUGACUCAGAUUGAGAGGAAUGUUGCCACUGCUGAUGUUAUGAAGCAAUACUUCAUUGGGAGUGCAUUGAGUGGAGGAGGAAGUGUGCCUGCACAAAAUGCCAAAGCUGAAGAUUGGAUGGACAUGGUGGAUGAUCUUCAGAAAGGGGCACUUUCUACCCGUCUCGGGAUUCCUAUGAUUUAUGGAAUUGAUGCAGUUCAUGGCCACAACAAUGUCUACAAGGCUACUAUUUUUCCUCACAAUAUUGGCCUUGGUGUUACCAGGGAUCCAGAGCUAGUGAAAAGGAUUGGAGCAGCAACUGCACUUGAAGUUAGAGCUACAGGAAUCCAAUAUGCUUUUGCUCCCUGCAUUGCUGGAUCCGAGAUGGGGACGAUGUUAUGAAAGCUAUAGUGAAGAUCACAAGAUUGUGCGAAUGAUGACUGAGCUAAUCCCUGGUUUGCAAGGAGAUCGCCCGGCUAAUUACUCCUAUGGUGUUCCAUUUGUUGCUGGAAAGAACAAAGUAGCAGCAUGUGCAAAGCAUUUUGUGGGUGACGGGGGAACAGUUAGGGGGAUUGAUGAGAACAACACGGUAGUAGGCGCAACGGAGCUGUUCAGCAUUCACAUGCCGGCAUAUUAUGAUGCCAUCAGGAAAGGUGUUGCUACCGUUAUGGUUUCUUACUCGAGCAUUAACGGCCAUAAGAUGCAUGCUAACGGCAAACUUGUCACUGGCUUCCUCAAGAACCAGCUCAAGUUCAGGGGAUUUGUGAUUUCAGAUUGGGAGGGCAUUGAUAGAAUUACUAACCCGCCCAAGGCUAAUUACACUUAUUCGGUACAAGCUGGGAUUCUUGCUGGGAUUGACAUGGUCAUGGCCCCUCAGAAUUACAAAGAUUAUAUUGGCAAUUUGACUGAUCUGGUGAAUAAGAAAGUGAUUCCAAUGAGUAGGAUUGACGAUGCUGUGAGAAGGAUACUGAGGGUCAAGUUUGCCAUGGGUCUCUUUGAGAAUCCAUUGGCUGAUCAUAGCCUUGCCAACCAACUUGGAAGCCAGAGUGGUUUAAAAUGUGAGAAAUGUUACUACUCCAUAUAAAUUUGGACCCAGCUUCCUCUGUCGGAGCGGGAGUCCCCCAUUGAGAGUUCCGGCCUCGGCGAGCCGGAUUACAUGGAGUUUGACUUUCUGGACGAUGCCACCAGUGCUGCGGCUGCCGCCGGCCAGGAGGCUGAGGCCGAGGAGGGAGCCGAAGACGUCGAGGAGCCAGCCGCGGAUGGAGGUGCCCAAGAAGCUUGAUCGGCUACUCCCCGCUCCCUUGUAAUUAGCUUUUUCAUUUUGUGCCCAAUUGAUGUAAUGGCCGAAGCGCCCACAAUUGUACUAAAUUGAUUAUAAAUGAAAAUUUUUGCUGUCCUGCUCGGCUA